AUGCUUGUCGUGCUCACAGUGACUACUGUAGACUUUCGGUUUCUAGUGUUGUCGUUAGCCGUCAGUCUGACCAAUGGUCAAGGAACAUGCACAGAUGCUGUAGACUCAAGCAUCUGUCGACUGUUGGCUUCAGAGUCGUUCGGACUUAAAACUGUCUGCACGGACCCUUGUCUUGCAAAGACAUGCCAGAAAACAUGCGGAAAGUGUCCACUACAGUGUUACUCUUGUCACAGUGUGACGUCACCAAGUGACUGUACCACCCUUACCACUUGUCCGUCAGGGGAUCACAAAUGCAUUGUGACUGAAUCUUAUAAUGACGAUUUUGUGAAGACGUACGCUCUUGGUUGUGCCCUUGAAAACGUUUGUCAGAACAACUUUGGAGGAACCACAGGUAAACGAUCUGUAUUGGACGGUAGCUGCUGUAGUACUGACCUCUGUAAUUACAACAUAUCCAGCAUAACACCGCCUCUUGCUGGAAUUAUCUUAACAACACCUGCUGCGGUUGUCGCCCCAGACGCAUCGAUUGCACCUGCACCUGUGGCCACCACCAGAGGUCCCUGUGCCGAUUUUAACAAUGAACUUUGCACUCAACUUGCGUUUGCUAUGCCUGAUAUUUGUACAAACGAUUGCAUCGCAACCAAGGUGUGCCCAUCCAUGUGUGGAAAAUGUCUGUCGUGUUUCAACUGUGACAAUGUUAAUGAUCCCUCUGCCUGCACAUCCACUGUUACCUGUAACCCUGGCCAGAGAUGCUACAUCACGGAAACUUACAACUCUUUGACAUUUGAACAUGGAUUCCGAACGGGCUGCAUUGACGAUAAACUCUGCUCUAACCUGACCGUCGGAGGCCCAGUUGAUACAGUUGGUCCUGCACUGAUUGGACGAAGAUCUCAUUUCCACUUCUCUCUGGACGGAGAUUGCUGCGCAUCUGAUUUUUGUAACGACAGGAUCCAGACGACAGUGGCGCCUGUAGUAACUACACCCGCACCAGUAGGCACCAUGCAGCCAAGUGGACCUUCAGUCACCAAUUCACCAGGUGGACCCAUGGUUACCAGCCAGCCAGGAGGAACAAACGUAACCCCAAAUCCUCAGGGCUGCAGCUGGAGCGGAGAUUGUCCACCAGGGUUCCACCCCUACCAAGGCAAAUGUUACAACUUUGGUGAUGUGGAGAUGGAAUGGGAUGAUGCUCUGGGCUAUUGCAAGCAAAGGUGUUCCUAUCUCGCUGAACUGAAAACUGAAGACCAACUAGAGGCAGUCAUGAACCAUUUCCGUAAAAAUCCCAAUACAGGGUAUGACCACAUCGCUGACUAUUACAUAGGGGCUUUUGACAAAGGCAUAGGCAUAUGGACAUGGUUUAACAGCGGUGAAAUGGUCUCUACAGAUAUAGUCGACCCAGAUUAUCAUGAGCACACCAUAGACCAAUGUGCUGUGGCCAUGGAAGUUAGCGUCGGGGCUCCGCUUGAUCGUGACUUUGCCUAUGUUGCUGCGCCAUGUACGGAGUUGUACCGUCCGAUGUGUGAAGUUUUGCGUCAGUGA